UUGUGUAUUAUCUAAAGCAUGUUUUCAGGUUAUAUAUAAUAAAGUUUAUGGUAACUGAAAAGACAUCCACAUCUCCUGGUUGCCUCUUUAAAUUCCCUGCAGAUUUUAUUAUCAACCUGAGGUCUGUUUCAUGCCUGUGUUAAAUACACACUGACACAACACCUUUGUGGCUCUGAGGCUGAGGCAGUAUUGAGCAUUCAGUUACAUGCUUGACUCUACUGGCAGGGUGAGUUUUUACCCAGGCCAGUAUUGAUCAGUGAGUGUUUACAUAGAAAGCUGAACAGUGUCGCCUGCUCGAUCACAGUCAGUCAUAACACACAACCAUGGUCUCUGUGGAGUUACGGAUGCGUGCAUGGAGUUUGCAGUGCUGUCUACUCCAUGUUACUUUGAGCUUGGUGCUGCUAAGUGAAAGUGGCAUCACGACAGCAAGCAAUGAAGAGCCCAGUGUUCGUGAAGCUCGGUCAGUGGGCAAUCAGGUGGUAGUUCAACCAGUGGACUGUGCUUUAUCAGACUGGACUGCGUGGUCACGCUGUGAUAUAUGUCAGAAAAAAAAGUAUCGCUAUGCUAAACUGGAGCAGCCAUCUCAGUUUGGAGGACAGCCGUGCAAUUUUUAUGGCAGGGAGGAGGUGGCCUGUCCUGUUUCAGCCCGCUACACCUGUAACAAUGUUCCCUUGUGUGAGGGAUUCGCCUGCACCCACACAGGUCGCUGUAUUCCCAGAACUCUGCAGUGUAGUGGAGAGGAUGACUGUGGGGACUUGUCUGAUGAAGUCGGCUGUAAGAAGGUUUCCAAGCCCUGCAGGGAGGAGGUUGAAGAGUACUGGGGAAUCGAAAACCUUGCCAAAGGAAUCAACAUCUUGAACAGUAAACUGGAGGGAGUGGUGCUUGAUAACAGAUACUACGCUGGCAGCUGCUUGCCGCACUACAUCCAGGAUGUCAGAUUCAGGAAGCCUUACAACUUGCAACAGUACACUCUACAGACAAGAGGCUCGUAUGAUUUCACCCUGAAAUCUUUUGAGUCAUACUCUGAAUACAUGGAGCACACCAUGAAGGAACGUUCCACCAAAACCAAAGUUUCCAUUGGCUUUGCUAUUCCAGGCAUAUUUGAAUUUGGCUUCAACUUGAGUAAAGACAAAUAUACCAAGUCAGUUAAGAAGCUUCGAAGUGCUUCUGGCACGACUAAGAGUUUUGUGAGGGCCAAAGCAGAACUGGAGUUGGCCCAAUACAUGUUGAAGUCAGAUGGUUUGAUGCUUCACCCUGAGUUCCUGCAGCGCCUACGCUCCUUGCCACAGUCCUAUGUUUAUGGUGAAUACAGGCAAAUCUACAGAGAUUAUGGCACCCACUAUAUCACAGAGGCUGCCCUCGGCGGAGACUUUGAGCACACUAUCAUCCUGAACAAGGAGCGCCUCGAGAAGUCAGACUAUUCUUUGGAAGACUACAAGCGCUGUAUACAGUUAGGCCUUAAGGUUGGUGUCAACAUAAAGGGUGUCUACGUGUCGGUGGCGGGUCAGGGUGGCUCCUGUGAUGGCCUGCUGAAUGAGAUGGGAGCGGACACAAAGCAUGGCAGCAUGGUAGAAGACUUUGUUGUUGUUGUGAGGGGUGGAAAUAGUGAAUCCAUUAGUGCUUUGCUGUCUAGAAAGCUUCCCACCCCGCAGCUGAUGGGGUUGUGGGGUGAAGGCGUACGUUUUAACCCUGACUUCAUUCGCAGAACAACUCGGCCGCUGUAUGAACUGGUGACGUCCAGAGACUUCUCCCAAGAUGCCACCCUGAAAAGAAACCUGAAGAAAGCCCUGUCAGAGUACCUGGCAGAGGCUAGUCCAUGUCGAUGUGCUCCUUGCCACAAUAACGGAGUGGCUGUUUUGAGAGGCACCAGGUGUGACUGUGUGUGUCCUGUCGGCUAUAGCGGAGCGGGCUGUGAAAUCACUACUCGGAGAAAAGAUAUAGCCAUUGAUGGCAGCUGGAGCUGCUGGGGCGCGUGGUCAUCCUGCAGUGGAAGAACAAUGACGAGGAGUCGACAAUGUAACAACCCAGCGCCCAGCAAUGGAGGAAUGGCAUGCAGCGGACUGCAGCAAGAGUCUACUGAAUGUUCUGCCAAAAGUCAGCUGUGACAUAACGAUUUAUAAAAAACUAUUGUGAAUAUAGAA